AUGGCGCCACAUCGCGUUAAGAGUAGUGAAAUGUGGAAUCAUUUCACUCAGAAUGAAUACCAAAAGGCAAAAUGUGAUUACUGUAGUUCCAUCUUAAGUAUAUCUGGAGGAUCAAUGAAUAAUUUAUUAAAAAUUAAUUUAAUAAUUGAAAACUGUGCAUUCUACUAUUCCAUUAAACAGAAAUCAGAGAAAUCUCAUAAAAAUAUUGAAGAGCCAGCUGAACCAUCAAUUAGUCAACCUAGUACAUCCAAUAAUGGUGCCGCAGCUAGUACUGCUUCCAGACCACAAGGUUUAUAUCGCCGUCCUCGAGAAGGACAGUCCUCAAUAUCGACGUACUUUAACCAAACAAGGCCAUUGAAUGUUAACAACCAAAAACGUAUUGACCAUCAACUAACAAAAAUGAUUGUUAAAGGAUACUAUCCAUUUGACAUUGUGGAAGACGAAGAGUUCAAAACUUUGUUAAAAAUGUUGAACGGUGGUUAUUCAUUACCAUCCAGAAAAGCCAUCUCCAACACCUUGAUACCUAACCUCUACCACCAGAGCACGUUAAAACUUUAA